CGCCUCAGAGGUCAGUCGUGCUUAGUUGACAGUGAGUGGAACUUGACCGAGUUGUUUACAAUAAUCGAUAUUCGGAUCGUUAUGUAUUAAUCGAUAAAUUAAAAAUACCGGAAGGACGCAGUGCAAUACAAAUGCAAUCACUAGGAUGACAGAUAAAACAGUAGUAAAAUUUGAGGAGGCUGAGCGGAAAAAAGGCGUCAUAUUAGGAACAGUUGGAGUGACUUGUGCCUUCUUAGGAUGGCUGGCACGAAACACACCGGCUCUUGUGGGCGCUGUGAGCCUAGUAGCAACAUACUUGAUGACUGGCGACCGAUACCAAUGGAUUUACAUAUGGCAGAAAACCUACAAAAGAGACUGGCUUGGGUUUCGAGUCCUCGUCAAAACAAUAGGCAGGAUAUGGCUAUGGGAGCGCUGCGGUACCACAGUCGUCAGCAGAUGGUCGGAGAUCGUUAGGAAAACACCAAACAAGAAGGCGUUCGUUAUGGGAGACAGAUCGCUGACAUUCCGCGAGGGUGACGAAUUCAGCAACCGAAUAGCAUGGUACUUUAAAAGGCAGGGUUUCAAAAGUGGGGAAGUUAUAGCACUUUUUAUGGAGACACAGCCGGAGUACGUGUUUGUAUGGCUCGGUCUGGCCAAGCUGAGGGUCACCACAGCUCUAAUUAAUACAAACUUGAAGGGCGCCCAGUUGAUACACUGUUUGAGAAUAGCUGGAUGUAAGGCUGUGAUCUUCGGCGAUGAAAUGGUGGACGCUAUAACUGAAAUCCAACACGAGAUUAGAGAUAUCCCACUCUUCCAAUACAACUCGCCGGAACGCAACUCCAGUCCAGUACUACAAGAUACUGCAUCCCUUGCUUCUGAACUCAAGGAAAUGACUUCAGAGCCGUUCCAAGCAGUGCAGGCAAAGCCGAGAGACACGCUACUGUAUAUUUACACUAGUGGGACCACCGGGUUUCCUAAAGCAGCCGUUAUUACAAACAUCAGAUUCCUGCUCAUCCCACUAGGAGUGUAUAACUCAGCGCAGCUCAGUUCUGCAGACGUGGUAUACGACCCGCUUCCACUACACCACACGGCUGGUGGCGUGUUGGGAGCUGGCCAGGCGGUCAUACUCGGAUGUACCGUCGUACUCAGGAAGAAAUUCUCAGCUUCAAACUACUGGAGCGAUGCGGCGAAGCAUGGAUGCACGGUUGCUCAAUAUAUAGGGGAGAUUUGCCGCUACCUCCUUGCAUUGCCUCCUGGUCCCAACGAUCGGGCUCACCGAGUGAAAGUGAUAGUCGGUAAUGGACUAAGACCGCAUAUAUGGGAAGAGUUCAUCCAAAGGUUUAAUGUGCAAAGAGUAAUGGAGUUUUACGGCGCUACAGAGGGGAACAGUAAUCUUGUGAAUUUGGAUUCUAAAGUUGGCGCCAUUGGCUUUUUAAGUCGGCUGGUGUCAUCAAUUUAUCCACUAAUUCUAGUCAAAUGUGAUGAAAUUACAGGAGAUAUCUUCAGGGACAGCAAUGGAAAAUGUAUAAGCUGUGGACCACACGAGCCUGGCGUACUUUUAGGCAAAAUAGAUGCAAAGAAAGCAAUUCUUACAUUCUCCGGGUACGCGGACAAGACGGCGUCGGAGAAGAAAAUGGUCAGAAACGUGAAAGAAGACGGCGAUUGCUACUUCAAUACUGGCGACAUACUGGUCAUGGAUCAUUAUGGAUAUUUUUAUUUUAAAGAUCGCACCGGUGACACUUUCAGAUGGCGCGGUGAAAACGUAUCUACAGCGGAGGUGGAGGGUGUAAUUACCACCAUAGUGGGUUUGAAGGACUCUGUAGUUUAUGGUGUAGCGAUACCGAAUGUGGAAGGCAAAGCUGGCAUGGUAGCUAUCGCUGAUCCUGAGAGAAAGCUAGACAUAACGACUCUCGCGAAAGGUCUAAAAUCAUCACUGCCAGUUUAUGCUAGACCUCUAUUCGCUCGAAUACUCCCUGAACCACCGUUGACAGCGACCUUCAAGCUGAGAAAGAAGGAACUAGUUGAACAAGGCUACAAUAUAUCUCUUUUCCAAGACCCUAUAUAUUUUCUGGACCAAAAAACUAUGGAAUAUGUUCCUUUGACCCAAAAAUUAUAUGAUGAUAUAACACAAGGUGCGGUUAGGCUGUGAUGGCACGGAUAUCAUGACUGUUGUAGUUAUUAAUUAAGUUUUUACGGACGUUAAGAUUGUAUAGGGAUAUACCAAAAUACCAGGAACUUAUAAAAACAUAGUAAGUCUACUAAAUGUAAACAUC